AUGGGUCUUCUCCAUUUCCUCAUGCCUUCAUUGUUUGGAAAGACAUCGGCCGGUCCAUGCCUUGCAANAUCGUAUCCGGUACGUAGUCAAAACUCAGCAACGGCUUCGAUUCUUGGCCAGUCGGGUAUGUCGGAGAGUGCCACUGCCCACUGUUUCUUCUUUGUUCGAGCUUUAAGUUCGUUGCACCUUGAGGUCUUGAAUCCUCUUCUGAUUAAGGCCUUCAUUGUGUGGAAAGACAUCGGCCGGUCCAUGCAUUACAAAAUCAUGGAGCUUUGA